CAAAAAACGAAUCUUUCUCAAUGCCGGAACCUAACUUGUACAACUGUCAAUGGAGCGGACUAGAUGGCGCGCCCUGCGACUACCCAUUUUUUGCUGACGAGCUUUCUGCUCACCUCCGCGAAUUUCAUGGAGUUCGAGGUCCCGACAAGUUGCGCAUGCAUUGCUUUUGGAAUGGUUGCAACAAGCCGCUCAACAAAGAGAGCAUCUAUAGGCAUGUGGAAGAAAUGCACCUCGAGAUCGUAUAUCAUUGUGACACCUGCGACAAAUCCUUCACCCGCAAGUACAAUCUCAAGAAUCACAAGGCGAAUUGCCCGGUUCAGCAGCAGUAGAUGGUCGUUUCGGUACUUCACGAGAUGCCGGAAAAGGGAACCAUGUGAUGGAUAUUCAACAACGGAUGGAAAUUUAUCUAGCUGAUUUCGUUCAAGAAUGAGAACGACCUUCUGCCUCCUAGCAAAGACUGAUGGCGGGAGAUAUUCCGGGGGAUAGGUCAUCAACUACAACUCGUCGUUCCUUUCUGAUUAUGAGUUAAUAGUAUUACUGCUGAUUCUUGUAUGGAACAAUGCACUAGUAGCAGUAUAAAGUAUGUUCAUGCCACUGGUACUUUGACGGGCUUCGAGCUAGAUCCAUG